AUGGUGGCGGGCGGGGUGCUGUGGCUGGCGGCCGCGCUGGGGCCGGGGCUCGCCGCGCCGCGCUACAGCCCGGACUGGGCCAGCCUGGACGCACGGCCGCUGCCCGCCUGGUUCGACCGGGUGAAGGUGGGGGUGUUCGUGCACUGGGGCGUGUUCUCCGUCCCGGCCUGGGGCUCCGAGUGGUUCUGGUGGCACUGGCGGGGGGAGCGCCGCGCCGACUACGAGCGCUUCGUGCAGCAGCGCUUCCCGCCCGCCGCCUCGUACGCGGACUUCGCGCCCCAUUUCACCGCCCACGACUUCCAGCCCCGUGAGUGGGCUCGGCUCUUCCGGCGGGCCGGUGCCAGGUACGUGGUGCUGACCACAAAGCACCAUGAAGGCUUCACCAACUGGGGGUCUCCUGUGUCCUGGAACUGGAAUUCUUUGGACACAGGGCCCCACCGCGACCUCGUGGGAGAGCUGGGACAGGCGCUCAGAGAGAACAACUUACGCUACGGACUAUAUCAUUCUCUGUUAGAGUGGUUCAACCCUCUCUAUCUGUCUGACAAAGAAAGCGGCUUCAAGACCCAGAACUUUGUUUUAAAGAAGACAAUGCCAGAACUCUAUGAUCUUGUCUUAAAGUAUAAACCAGAUUUGAUUUGGUCAGAUGGAGACUGGGAAGCUCCAGACUCAUACUGGAAUUCUACCUCCUUCCUUGCCUGGCUGUAUAACGACAGUCCCGUCAAGGAUACUGUUGUUGUGAACGACCGUUGGUGUAAUAAUUGCUCCUGCCAUCACGGAGGCUUCUACAACUGUGCUGACAAAUACAAGCCAGGGACCCUGCCUACUCACAAGUGGGAGAUGUGCUCCUCCAUUGACAAGCUCUCCUGGGGUUAUCGAAGCAACAUGCACAUUGAUGAGUUAAUGGAUGUAGCCAGUAUCAUCAAGGAGCUAGUGCAAACUGUGAGCUUUGGAGGCAACUACCUUCUCAACGUGGGACCUACAAAAGAGGGAGUGAUUGUUCCCAUCUUCCAAGAAAGGCUUCUGGCCCUCGGGAGAUGGCUGGGCACAAACGGGGAGGCAAUUUAUGAGUCAAAGCCAUGGAGAGUACAGAUGGAGAACAGCACAGACACCAUCUGGUACACUUCCAAAGGACCAGUUGUCUACGCCAUCUUUCUGACCUGGCCUCAGAACAGUGUGUUGCAGCUGUCCGUGCCCAUUCCAUCCCCAGCCACACAAGUGACGAUGUUGGGUUUUGCAGGAACUCUCCAGUGGCGUCUGGGUGAAGGGCUGCUCGUGACUUUGCCCUACGCACCUCCGUCUCCUGAGCGCUCGCAGCCAGGUUGGGCUGUUCGGCUGGAGGGGGUGCAGUGACAGCCACGGGGUGAAAGCAGCCCCCUGUCUUUUCGACUGAGUCUCAGAUGAGUUGUUCAUUCACUGUUAAAUAAAUGGUUUUUCAAGACAG